UGAUACCACAGUUACUACGCCAAGAGAUGAUGUAUUUAUUUUCUACCAUAACAAUAAAGUUAGCCCUGAUGAACAGAAUUCUAAGCUUCAGGCUGAGAUUACAGAAUUGCCUAUAGAUAAAAAUACUGAACUCUUGGCCAGAAUCAUAGAAUUAGAACGCUUGGCAAAAGAAAAUGAAGAGCGAUUUGCAAAAGAAAAAUCGUAA